GCGUAGUAUCCGUAUCGCGUCUGUGAUUGAGACGGAACUACAUUAUCUCUCUAUGUAUUGAUAAAGUUUAUUUAUAUACGUUGAUAACUGUAUAUUGUGCAGAUAAAUCAGGCCCCAAUGAACAAAAUAUUGGUUUUUAUAACAGUUUAACACAACCUGUCAUUACAAUAAUGGCCAAAAUGAUUACUGAAGAUUUAUUAAAAAUAUUUAACAGUGGUGUUUCAUGUGUGUUACCUGAAAAUUUAAUUAACAAUGUUCUCAAAUACAACCCCACUACUGAAAACUUGAGUGUGUUAAGUGAUUGUUUCAGUUUAAUUAAUAAGAAUGUUUACAUCGUGGGUACUGGUAAAGCAGUAAAAAACAUGGCAAAAGAGGCAGAAAGAAGUUUAGAUUGUAAACUCAAAAGAGGCAUUAUAAGCAUACCAGUGGGCACACUAGAUGUGAAUUGUAAAUCAGAGAAACUGGAAUAUUUUGAGGGCGCUGAAAACAAUUUACCAGAUGAAUUUGCAGUAUCUACAACAGAGAAAAUAAAUGAUAUGGUCCUGAAUCUGGGUGGGGAUGAUGUGCUAUUGGUGCUGAUAUCUGGUGGAGGUUCCGCGAUAUUGACCUUGCCUAAAAAACCUAUAACUCUUGCCGAAAAAGCUGCCUUGGUGAAGAAAUUAGCAAAUGCUGGUGCUAGCAUUAAUGAACUCAACAUUGUUCGUAAGAAAUUGUCUGAUAUUAAAGGUGGAAAAAUGGCAAUUAAAGCCCAACCAGCACAAGUUAUAUCUCUAAUACUAUCAGAUAUUGUUGGAGACCCCAUAGACUUGAUAGCUAGUGGCCCUACAGUGCUAAAUAAGGAUAAACCUAAUGAUGCAAAAGAAAUAAUUGAAAAGUUUGAUUUACUUGGUGGGUUGCCUGAUUCAGUUAUCCAAGUUUUGAAUGAAAAACAUGAUUUACAAACAUUUCCAGAAAAUAAUAUAAAGAAUUAUGUGAUUGGUUCAAACAAAAUAAGUAUUGAUUCUGCAAGUAGAACAGCCAAUGAACUACUUUACUCACCCAUUCCACUUUCAAACAUAGUAACAGGUAAUGUGAAGGAUAUUGCAAUCAAGUAUGUGGAAUUGGCUAAAAUAUUCAAUGGUUUCAUAAGAGGUACUAUAAAUGUGAAAAGUGCAAAGAUGGAACUUGCAUCACUUGAAAUUCCUGGGAUUAACCCUAAUGUCUUGGACAAACUAGACAAUAACUUCAACGCUAAAGGAAUUUGCCUUAUUCUUGGAGGAGAAAUAACUGUGGAAGUGAAAGGAGAUGGCAAAGGAGGUAGAAACCAACAUUUAGCAUUAGAAUUUUCAAAUAUUAUAAAUGAUAGGAAGGGAGAAUUUGGUGAUUCUAAUGUGUUUCUGUUGAGUGCUGGCACGGAUGGCAUUGACGGACCUACUGAUGCAGCUGGUGCUAUAGGGUACCUGGGAUUACUAGAACAAGCAACAUCUAAAGGUAUAAAUGUACAACAAUACUUGGAUAAUAGUGACUCAUACAACUUUUAUAAAAGAUUUGCUGAUGAAAAACUACAUGUUAUAAUUGGACAUACAAAUACAAAUGUCAUGGAUUUACAUAUCAUUAUUAUAACAACUGGAAAUUCAUAAUAAGUAAAAUAAUUAAUUAUGUAUAUGUUUAUAUUAAUAUGUGUAUUUAAUAGGAAAGGUAGUCAAUAAAUACAUAGUAAAAUA